UGCAAAACCCCUGGAAAGCCUAAACCCUUGUACAAACAAACCCAAAGACCUCCAAAAUCCCGCCACCAAAAAUGUCCGCCGCCAGGUCCGUCAUCCGUUCCGCGGCCGCCCGAGCUUCAGCGGCAACCAGACUCGCUGGUUCAACCAAGUCUAUGCCGCGACCCGCUUGCUCGCCCUUUCGGAUCUCCAACCAGAACCCGUUACAUGCUCGUAUUUUCAGGUCACCGGUGGAGAUGAGCUGCUGUGUGGAAACGCUGCUGCCGUAUCACACGGCCACUGCUUCAGCUUUCCUGACUUCCAUGCUUUCUGUUUCUCGCCGGAGAUCCGGUUGGACCGCUGAAGAUGGAUGAUUGUGGUUGGGAUGUGCGGUGCUAUUCAUCUCCAUGAAAAUUCGACCAACCUUGUAGGACUUUGAUGCAUGUAUUAUUCUUGGACAAAUGUGAAAAUCCUAUGUUAUUACAACAUUUGUUCUUUGAGCGUCUGGAAGUAGGUAUCAC